ACUAAAAUGACUGUUGUACUCGUUUUCAGAUUUCUACCGGUGCACACAGCAGUUGGACAUCUCAGAAGACGCCAUAGAAAGCCAUGCAGUCUUGCCUUUACACUGCCUUACUUCUGGUACAUUAAUUGGAUACCAUGCUAUUUUUUUGCUUGCUUUCACAAUGAUAUUUAAUUGUGGUAUCUGUGAGUUUAGAAAUACCUCAGUUUCUGACUAUGUGAAACAUUGUAGAACCCAUAGAAACAGUAAGAAGGCUAUUUUUCCCUGUGGGUUUCCAGACUGUGGAAGAAGCUUUUCGUCUUACAAUUCUUUUAAUGUGCACUUGUCCAGAUUUCACCACGAAGGGAGGAAGCUGUCUUUUAAUCGUAACAUAUCUGUGCAGUUAAAGUGUUCUUGGGAGUUUUGUGGCAAAGAAUGUGAAAGCAUAAAAGGUCUCGUAGCUCACCUUAAGUGUCAUUUGCAAGAGGGUCUUGAAGUGACGUGUCCUUAUAGUGGAUGUGCAAAGGCCUUUAAAGUCAUAUCCUCUUUUACAUCUCAUUUAUCAAGAUGUCACAAGCAGUGUGAUGUUACACAUAUUGAUCAAAGUUAUAUCAGGGAAACAACAGAGUAUGUACCUGCUGGUUCGGAUAAUGGGUCAAGCGUUGAUAGUGAAGUACCAACAGUGCAGCAUGAAGGAGAGUCUGACCCAGGGUCAGCCCAGGAUAAUUUCACUGAAAACAUGGCUCUUUUUUUUCUUGGCUUACAAGCAAAGUAUCUGGUUCCUGCAUCUACAGUCUCUGAUAUUGCAAGUGAAAUGAGGUUACUACAGGAUAUGCAGCAUGAGUUUACUAUGGAUUGGUUUUCAAGAGGUCUCCAAGAAUAUGGUGUGCAAGCUGAGGCUUUACAAAAUCUAGGGAAAUGUAUGUACGAACAAAGCCCUAUGCAGCGCACCCUACAUGCAAGUAGUGGCACCUUAACUACACACCACAAAAGACUUCAGUUUUACAGGAGAGAAUUCAAUUUGGUAGAACCUGUACAAAUAACCUUAGGCCAUGAUGACAAAGGCAAGACAAGACAUUUUCACUAUGUUCCCAUUCUAGAAAGCUUAAGAGCUUUCUUGAAAAAUGAAAGUGUACAGCUUCAAAUUCUAAAUCCUGUUCAUGCCGACGAGAGCAUGCUAUGUGAUAUUAGAGAUGGUUCGGUCUCUAAAUCUAGUGAACUGUUUGCCUCUGAUCCACAUGCUCUUCAGAUCAUGUUGUUUCAAGAUGCUUUUGAAGUUGCAAACCCUCUUGGGUCCGCCAGGCUAAAACACAAAGUUCUUGCUGUGUACUACACUUUAGGUAAUGUCUAUGCACACCACCGAUCCACCGUUGACUCAAUACAGCUUGUACUACUUUGUUUGGAGAAGGACUGUAAGUUUUUUGGACCUGAGAGAGUUUUUGAUGUUUUGUUAUCAGACCUGUGUGACCUGGAGUCAAAAGGCAUUUGUGUUGAAGGGAAAACUUUCAGAGGUAGUAUUGCCUGUGUCAUUGGAGACAAUCUUGGGUCCCACUAUCUUGGGGGAUUUACUGAAAAUUUCAGCUGUGCUGAAUAUUUUUGCAGGUACUGUCAUAUUAAAAAAGGGGAUUUUCAAAAAAAUCCUCUUUCUACAGCCACAGAGAGAACACCAGCUAGUUACAGUGAAUCAUUGCUGGAGUUGGAAAAUAACCCAGAUAUCCUAAUGCACAAAGGCAUCAAGUCAAACAGUGUUUUGAACAAACUCACACAUUUCCAUGUUUGUUCACCAGGACUUCCACCCUGCCUUGCCCAUGAUUUAUUUGAGGGCAUAGUUGACUAUGAUUUGGCAAUGUACCUGCAUUUCCUAGUUAAAUCAAGAAAGUGGUUCAGUUAUGAUGUACUUAACCGCAGAAUUGUGACUUUUAGAGGUGAGAGUCAGAAUAAGGCUAAUGUUCUGCAUAACAAUGGGACCAAACUUGGGGGACAUACUGCCCAAAACUGGUGGCUUCUUCGGUUCUUGCCAGUACUGUUACAUAACAAGAUUAGAGACCCUAAGGAGGAAGUUUGGCAACUUGUAUUGCUACUCAAGCAGGUGGUUGAGCUUGUGUGUGCUCCUACACUGUCACAAUCACAGGCUGCCUACAUGAAGGUCCUCAUUGAGGAGUACAUAGAAACAAGGCAUGUACUCUUCCCACUUAAAAAGCUUCGACCCAAACAUCAUUACCUUUUACAUUAUUCAGAUCUCACAUUAAAGUUUGGACCCUUAAUUCGCAUAUGGACUAUGCGAUUUGAGAGCAAGCACAGCUACUUUAAGAGGUGUAUUCGGGCAAGUAAGAACUUCAGAAACAUCACAAAAUCCCUUUCAGAGAGGCAUCAGUUGCUGCAAGCCUACCAAAGCAUGGGCAAUGUGUUUUCCCCUGAGUUUAUCAUGUCUGACUGUACAAGGUUUUACCCAGAAUUGUAUGAUAGUCAGGUUAAGGACGCGCUAAAAGUGUUUGAUGUCUCGCCAUCAAAUGCGGUAGUGACAGACAAAAUUACUGUACGAGGCACAUGCUAUGCAAAUGACAUGCUUGUUAUUUUGAGCUGCGAGGGUGGAGAGUUAACUCUCGGGCUUAUUGCAUGCAUUGUAGUGAAACAACAAAAGACUGUGCUUCUUUUGCUUCGACAGAAAAGAGCAAGUCUUGAUCCAGAUCUUGGUGUUUUUGAAGUAGAGGGAGAAGGUGGUACUUUUAUUUGCCAAAGACUUGAUGGGCUUCUUGAUUACACCCCACUUAGACACUACCAUAGAGGUGGCAGACUGCUGGUUACUCUUAAACACAGUCCACCAUGGAACCUGUAAGGGAGAAGAUCAGAAGCACACUGCCUUCACUGGAAGAGGAGCAAACAGAGACUCUUGUCACAAAGUUGACAGAUAUUGGAGUUAAAAAUCUGGAAGACUGCACAUUUUUAACAGCAGCUGACUUGGAUGGGAUUUUGUCGUUAAUACAGUCCAGGCGGCUGAUACAUGCAUUUUCCUCAGCAUCUCAGAGCACCUUGGUUGUGUCCGGUGCUUCAAAUGAUUCAAAUUUGAACGAGCAUCUGGUGGCGACGCCGACUGUGACACCAACUGUGACACCUCCACAGAAGUUUCAUAUCCCAUGGCAGAAGUUCCCAGUUACGUUGAUGAAUGCACUGAAGGAGAAGAAGAGACCACUACCAAAAGACAGAAGACACAUGAUCCGGAUCAUCAUGGAAGACAUGAUGGCUACUGACACCAGACCAGGCAGAAGCAAGUUGAAGCAGGUUGCACAACAGCUGGUUGAGAGAUAUCCUGAUUCCUUCUUGGACAAAUGUGGCAUACAUGUUGUGGGUCAAGGUUUUGCAUCCCUUGUAAUGCAAAUGGAGAACAGGGUUGAGAAUGUCAGAAGACAGUAUGCUUUUAGCACAUCCCAUGAUGAGAGGCCCAAGAAAAAAUGCAGAGCUUCUGACCGUUAUGGUUGUACUCAGUGGCAACCUGAGUCACUGAAUGACUUUAACAGCAAUGAGGGUAAAAAGAAAAUGCUACAAGAUGCCUUUAAAGAAAACCUUCUCCCUCAGAGUGACAUUAAAAGACUGAUGUCUGAAACAUAUUAUGCCCAGCGCAUCACUCUGAAUAGUGAGGAAAACAUUAUCAAAGUCAUGGAAGAAUGGCCUUACCUCUUCGACACCACCCAUCUGCUCGACCACACAGAGAAACUAAUGGGAUUUCCUGUCCAAACCAAAUUGCUGAACCAAAUUCAGGAGAAGGGCGAGAUCAUCACUGAGUUUCUUGGUAGCAAGGGAAUCACAGGAGUUACUACAGACCCAUUGAAACUCCUCCAGGGUCUAGUGAAGUACCUCUCAGAGGAGCAAAAGGUGCUUUUAAUAAAUGAAGAAGAUGCCUUAGCAGAGCUGCCAAGCACCCCGUGCAUCAUAGUUAUGGAUGAAGGAAGAUACAAGAUGUCAGUGGAUGAAGUCCCAGUUAACAUAAUCGGCUGUCCACUAGUUGCUGUGAGCUAUAUGUUCAGCCUGUAUUAUGUGCUGAAUAUAAAGUAUCCAACGGGAGCAGCCUUGACUCUGGAGUUCAUCCAGAGGUGCCUGCUGGGGAUAAACCCAGAACGGGGCACGAAAGCAGAAAAGCGGGGGAAACAGUACAACAUCCCUCCAAAACUGCUUCGAUUCCUGUCGGACCUUAAUGACUUCAAGAAUCCGUGGAAGAUUUAAAGCAGAAGAAGCAUCUCAAACAGAGAGAAAGGAGAGUGAUGUGUGUCUGUGGACAGCCAUCUUUACGGAGGACAACCAUGGUAUUAUUAACUUUUUUUAAAUAAGGACCAUUUUGCAAAAGUGAGGACAUUUCAGCCGACUACACUUUAUUUUCCCUGGCCUUUACAGGCUAUUUUCAAGCUUCUUUCAAGUUUUCAGAGAGAUCCUCAGAAACGUGCAAACAUCUGUUACUGUGCAUCUACGCCUUUUGUACUCUGAAUACAGACUUCUGCUCUCUACUGCCCUCUACUGACAUGAUUUAUUUGCCCUGGAACAACGAAAACUAGAGGAAGACAUGUCACAUGGUUUUAGAAUGAAAUGCAUAUUCAUUGUCUGGUUUGUCUGUCACAUUCUUGUUAUUUAACUAAUGUUAAAUAAAUUAUAGUUAUGUUUUAGAAAGGAUGUUCAUACCCUGUCUGAGAUGUUCUUAAAAUGUAAACCGCUACAUUUUUAAAUUCAAAAUGGACUUACUAUCAUUUUAAAGCCUUUUAGUGAAAAAUGACUUAUGUUACAGCCAACGCUUUCUCACUCCGAUGGCGUAAAAUACGGAAGUUUGGCCAGUGGCAAACUUUCCGCGUCUGAUGCAACGAAAAAGGCGUCCUUUGGCGUUUGAGGAACGUACCGGGGAGAGCAGCAUCUAGCGAGUAGUAUGCAAUGGGGAAUUUGUCGUAGGGAGGUUGGUCGGGGGGGUGGAUGUGUCAAACACAGGACCUUCACUCAGGAGACCGGGGUUCAAGUCCCGUGUGUGUCCUUAACCGUCCUCUUAUUGCCGGGUGUCACGGAACUUUAGCAUAUAAGUAUAUAUAUAUAUAUAUAUAUAUAUAUAUAUAUAUAUACUUUUAAUGCCAGUAACAACUGACCAAACGUCCAUAUCUUACAAGAUGAGAGUGAGAACGUGUUGGAUGUUUUAUUACUCUGUGUUCUGCUUUAAUUCAUCCUGUGUUCAUCACACCCACCUUGUGUACAGUGUGACAAAU